CACUAAUAUCUGCCCAACCCCACGAGCAAAACAAAACAAAACAAAACACGCAGAAUUUCUCUCCACAAAAUCUUCCACCGCUCUGCUUAUUUAUUAAUUUUCUUCUACAAUUCUUGUAGUAUCUGUUAAAGCAAACAAGAUAGCUAAGUUUUCUGAAGUGAUGGCGGAGGAGGAAGUCAAGAAAGUGGAGGCUGAGCCAUGUUCUGAGGCUCCAACACCGCCUCCUCCGGCUACAGAGGAAACCGUUGAAGCUGCUCCGGAGGAGAAAGCUGUAAUUCCACCACCACUUCCUCUGCCAGAAGACAAACCAGCUGCUGAUGACCGUGAAGCUCUUGCUAUUGUUGAAAAACCAGAAACUGUUGAGGAGAAAAGGCCUGAGGGCUCUAUUGACAGAGAUGCUGUGCUUGCUCGAGUUUCUACGGAGAAGAGAUUGUCUUUGAUUAAAGCAUGGGAAGAAAGUGAGAAAUCAAAAGCUGAAAACAAAUCUCAGAAGAAGAUAUCUGCCAUUGCAGCAUGGGAAAACAGCAAGAAAGCAAGUCUAGAGGCUGAGCUCAAGAAGAUUGAGGAACAACUGGAGAAAAAGAAAGCAGAAUAUGUAGAGAAAAUGAAGAACAAGGUUGCUCUCAUUCACAAGGAAGCAGAAGAGAAGAAGGCAAUGAUCGAAGCCAAACGGGGAGAAGACCUUCUCAAGGCAGAGGAAAUGGCUGCAAAAUACUGUGCCACAGGAACUUCCCCAAAGAAAUUGCUAGGAUGUUUUUGAAGCUGAAAUUAUCUGGUUUGAUUUGAAACUGAAGUUGCAUUUGUAAAUUUAUAGGUUUGAAAACAUAUGUUUUCAUUUGGCGAAGAAUUGAUUGGUUGUUAUUAUUAUGUGUGCAUAACCGUUGGUAUCUGUUAGUAGGAAAAAAGAAAACCUGAAGUUUGUAAGGAAUUUGUUUUGCAGUAUUUGGAAUGCUAAGAUGCAAAUAUAAGAUGAAAACUCUCGACAUGUUUGAUAAUAA